GUAAAAUUUUCAGCCUCAGACAGGAGCUGCGGCGUAGGAGAGGAGCGAGAAGGAACGAAAAGAGGAUCUGACGAAGUCUUUGGAACAUGAAUAUAUUCACAUCAGCGGUUUUCCUUUUGGUGCUUGUGUUUCAUCUCUGUGAAGCUGGUAACCCCUGUUGCUCAGAGCCAUGUCAGAAUCGGGGCGUUUGCACAGCAAUGGGUGCAGACAACUAUGAGUGUGACUGCACACGUACAGGGUUUUAUGGACAAAACUGCACAACGCCUGAAUUCCUCACCCGGUUAAAAAUGUCCCUGAAGCCAUCACCCAACACCGUACACUACAUUCUCACCCAUUUCAAGGGCUUCUGGAACAUCGUCAACAACAUCUCAUUUCUCAGGGAUGCCAUCAUGAGUUACGUCCUGACAUCCCGCUCCCACAUGAUUGAUAGCCCUCCAAUUUAUAAUGCGGAUUAUGGUUACAAAAGCUGGGAAGUCUACUCCAACCUUUCCUACUACGCGCGCACACUCCCCCCUGUGCCAGAGGGUUGCCCAACCCCUAUGGGAGUUGUAGGUAAAAAAGAGUUGCCAGAUAUUAAGGUUUUGGCUGAGAAGCUCCUCAUGAGGAGACAGUUUAUCCCCGACCCACAAGGCACCAGCCUGAUGUUUGCAUUCUUCGCCCAGCACUUCACACACCAGUUCUUCAAAACUGAUAUGAAGAAAGGACCUGCUUUCACCCUGGCUGAAGGGCAUGGGGUGGACCUCAACCACAUUUACGGAGGCACCCUGGAGAAGCAGCACAAGCUCCGACUCCACAAGGACGGCAAGCUCAAAUAUCAGGAAAUCGACGGAGAGGUGUACCCGCCGACAGUGAAGGACGUGGGCGUCGAAAUGCACUACCCUCCUCACGUCCCCGACUCUCACCGCUUCGCCGUCGGUCACGAGGCGUUUGGCCUGGUCCCCGGCCUGAUGAUGUACGCCACCAUCUGGCUCCGCGAGCACAACCGCGUGUGCGACGUGCUGAAGGAGGUCCACCCCGACUGGGACGAUGAGAGGCUCUUCCAGACCUCACGUCUCAUCCUGAUUGGUGAGACCAUCAAGAUUGUGAUCGAGGACUACGUGCAGCACCUUAGCGGAUACCACUUCAAGCUCAAGUUUGACCCCGAGCUGCUCUUUAACCAGCGUUUCCAGUACCAGAACCGCAUUGCAUCAGAGUUUAACACCCUGUACCACUGGCACCCACUGAUGCCUGACAGUUUCCACAUUGAGGAGGCCGAUUACAACUACAAACAGUUUGUCUUCAACACCUCGGUAGUGACUGAGCAUGGCAUAAACAACCUGGUGGAGUCAUUCAGCAAGCAGAUCGCAGGACGGGUUGCUGGUGGCAGAAAUGUUCCUGGACCUAUUAUGUACGUGGCCAUGAAGUCCGUAGAGCACAGCAGAACGAUGCGUUACCAGUCCCUUAACGCCUACAGGAAACGGUUCUCCAUGAAGCCCUACAGCUCUUUUGAAGACUUAACAGGAGAUAAAGAAAUGGCUGCAAUUCUGGAGGAGCUGUACGGGCACGUCGAUGCCGUGGAGCUGUACCCGGGCCUGCUGGUGGAGAAGCCCAGACCUAACAGCAUCUUUGGGGAGACGAUGGUGGAGAUGGGAGCCCCUUACUCCCUCAAGGGCUUGAUGGGCAACGCCAUCUGCUCCCCGGAGUACUGGAAGCCCAGCACCUUCGGAGGCAGCGCCGGCUUCGACAUCAUCAACACCGCCUCCCUGCAGAAGCUCGUCUGCAAUAACGUCCGGGGUCCCUGCCCCGUGGCGUCCUUCCACGUGCCCGACGUCAAGGAGACGGGGUCCAUGAUCAUCAACUCGAGCACGUCACGUGGCAGUGACAUCAACCCCACACUCAUUCUGAAAGAAAGGACUACUGAGCUCUAAUUAAAAAAAGAAAAAGAAAAGAAGAAAGAUUUACGAUUUAGGUUAUUUUUAUAUGACUAUUUAUAAGUAUUUAUUUUUGUAUUUAUUCUAUAUUUAUAGCAUAACAUGAGGAAUUUUCAGACCGGAUUUUUUUGUAUGUCUAAUUUUGUAAACGUGUAUGUUUCAGCUGUUAUCAGGAACGAAUAUCUGUGGUUGUGUUUAUUUAUUGAAAAAUUAACCGUAUUGUAAUUUAUUGUUAAUGUAAUAACCUCAGUUGCUGCAACUUAAAUACUUGAAGAUUAGUUUACAGUUUCAGCUAGUAGUGUACGUUACACUCCUAAUGUUUCCUAAGAUUGACUGCUGCACCGUUAAGGUUCAUGCAUGCUGUUGUCCCUUAACACAACAGUUAUGUGCAGCUUUUUUACAGAUAGUGAUACAGUAACUCGGUAUAGUACUGAUAAUCACAGUGAACUUAUCGACUGAGCUCGACUGCCUUAUCCGAUUAACAUACUGUAAAUUGCAUUCCUGUUUUGAUAUUGUUUUCCUGAUGUCUUUUCUACUUCAUUCUGUGGGUAACUUGAAAGACUUGCUGCUGUUUGCAUAGUUGUUCUACAUAGAAACUGUGUAAUUUGAUGAACUUGAAAUUGCAAAUGUGUUGCUUAUAAUGCUCUCAGUGCC